AUGGCAGCACUCGAAUCCUGCUCCCUACCUUUCCACUUCUCCGACGUUCCAAUCGCUCAAGAAGAAACCAGCAUCUUCAUCAAGUGCCACGAUCGGAUGUUCUCAAAAGUCACCGUAGUGGAUGACAGAGGCCAAGAGCUCUUCGUUGGAGGAGGCGAAGGUCUAAUGAAAUCCUGGUCCUGGCGCCGCCAGAUAAAAGACACCGCCGGGCUGCCGCUAUUCGACCUGCGCCACCACGGUUGGGCGAUGAAGAAUCUGUGGACAGUGGAGAGUCCUGAUGGUGGACAGAUGGCCGAAUUGAGGCAUGUUUCUGAUGCGAGACGCUCGGAUUUGGAUAUGUUUCUGAAGGGGAAAGAAGGCGGGGAGGAUGUGGUGCUAAAUGUGCGACAGAAGGAUCAUAGCGCGAUUACGACGCAGGUGUAUUUUGGGGAUAGAUGUGUUGCCGAAUUACUGCUGCAGGAGUCGAACGAUAUAACGGAUCUUAGUGGUGUGGACCGGAGUUCUUGGAGAGUGAGGAUUGCAGGGGGUGUGGAUCCUGCUGUUAUUUUGGUCAUUGCGCUCUGUCGGGCGGAGAUGCAUCAUAUUUGGAGACAGUAA